AUGAAGGAGUAUUCGGAUAUGGCCAAGCCUUAUCUCUCUGGGUUGAAGCUACCUAUCGAGCAAGCUGUGCCUUGGGAGAAAAAGAGAGGCGAGGCUAGACAGGAUAACAAGGUCAUCAUCGUUGAUCGCUUGAAGCGAGCGCUGCACCUCGUCCCUCAUUUCCACAGUUUCCGACAAAUGCGAGCAAAGUUCGGUUCGUUCAUGCUAAAGGAUUAUCGAAAGACCGAAGAUGCAGAUAGCCCACUUCUGUAUCCUGACUUCCGUGACAUGAUCGCCGACACGAACACUGAAGGCCGCCUGCUUCCCGGACUACGACUUUCACAGAAUCAGAUCAUCAGCCGCGUCAUGGGCGCAGGACAUCUCCUCGUGCCCGCGGGUACUAUGCCACUUCGUUGCCUUACGAAGAUCCAGCCCCGAUUCUCGGCCUGUUUCGAAUACAAGAUCAAAAACAAUCAUGCUGUGCGCAUUGAAGCGAACUAUUCGCUGCCGCGCGGAAGCGAAGAAUUCGAGAUCAAUGAUAUUCGUUGCUUCAAGCCUCGGAGUAUUGGGGGCCCUGGAGAACUGGAAAUGCCGAUGCAAAUCGGCAUGAUUGACUUUGAAAGAUCCGACUGGCAAAUAGAGAUCAAAGCACUGGAAAUGCUAGAAGAAGAGGACACACCUCCCGAGGUAGAGGCUUUCAAGCGCAAGCUGAGCUUCGUGUGGAACGAGAGUGCCCACAGCAUCACCUCUGUGCCAGAACGCAUGUCAAAGUUCCCUCUUGGUGCACCGCUGAGCUGGUUUGUUGAGAAGGCUGCGAUUGAGUUUCACGUCAGAGGAACCAACCUUGUGUUUGAGCUCGCCCGCUUCGUGAAGUACACUGUGACCAACGGCAGGAUUUUAAAGACUCUCGAUGUGUCUUGGGGCGGCUCGCUUUUCGAUCCCGAUUGGGAUGUCAUGCUCGGUGAAAAUACUGAGCUCGACGGCAACCAGUUCACGCGAGAGGCUUGCCUCUCUACAAUUUUCCCGCCGGCCGAAGGAGCGGAGGUUGAUGAGGAUGUGCAGCUUGGUGUGUUCAUGAGUGCGCUGCGGCAGAUUGCCCGGGUGUUAGGGUCUCCUGACUUUGCCGUGACCAAUGUCCUCGAUUGCGACGUUGGCACUUUGUUCUAG